CAGCCUGGGCUGGGUAUUUUUGCAGUGAAGUUGCACAGUGAGCAGAGCUGGGAGGGAAGAGCACAGUCCCAGAGCCAAUAAAACACUCAUUGAGCCAGAGACACACUGCACAUAGCUGAACUCUGCAAAGAGUCUGAGAGUGAGAGAGACUUGUAAGUAUCACAAUGAGAGAAAUUGUCCACAUCCAGGCUGGCCAGUGUGGAAACCAAAUUGGAACUAAGUUUUGGGAAGUGAUCAGUGAUGAACAUGGCAUCGACCCAGCAGGAGGCUACGCUGGUGACUCAGCACUGCAGCUGGAGAGAAUCAAUGUCUACUAUAAUGAAUCAUCCUCACAGAAAUAUGUACCCAGAGCAGUCUUAGUGGACUUGGAGCCAGGAACCAUGGACAGUGUGAGAUCUGGUCCGUUUGGUCAACUGUUUCGACCUGAUAAUUUCAUCUUUGGACAAACAGGUGCAGGAAAUAACUGGGCCAAAGGACACUAUACAGAAGGAGCAGAGCUGGUAGAUUCAGUGCUUGAUGUUGUAAGAAAAGAAUGCGAACACUGUGAUUGCUUGCAAGGAUUUCAGCUCACUCAUUCCCUUGGAGGAGGAACAGGUUCUGGCAUGGGAACGCUACUCAUCAGCAAAAUCCGAGAGGAAUAUCCCGAUAGGAUAAUGAAUACAUUUAGUGUCAUGCCCUCUCCAAAAGUCUCUGACACAGUGGUGGAGCCUUAUAAUGCUACACUCUCAGUCCACCAGCUGGUUGAAAACACAGAUGAAACCUACUGCAUUGAUAAUGAAGCUUUGUAUGACAUUUGUUUCCGCACCCUGAAGCUCACCACCCCGACGUAUGGAGAUUUAAACCAUUUGGUGUCUGCUACAAUGAGUGGAGUAACUACAUCGUUGCGUUUUCCAGGCCAGCUGAAUGCUGACCUUCGAAAACUGGCAGUAAAUAUGGUGCCAUUCCCACGCCUUCACUUUUUCAUGCCAGGGUUUGCUCCUUUGACAGCCCGAGGCAGUCAGCAAUACCGAGCACUCACUGUUCCAGAGCUCACUCAACAGAUGUUCGAUGCCAAAAACAUGAUGGCAGCAUGUGACCCAAGACAUGGACGAUAUUUAACAGUGGCAACAGUAUUCCGAGGUCCCAUGUCCAUGAAAGAGGUUGAUGAGCAGAUGCUGGCCAUCCAAAACAAGAACAGCAGCUACUUUGUGGAAUGGAUCCCAAAUAAUGUCAAAGUGGCAGUUUGUGACAUCCCACCCCGUGGCCUCAAGAUGGCCUCCACCUUCAUUGGCAACAGCACAGCUAUUCAAGAGCUCUUCAAAAGGAUCUCUGAGCAGUUCUCUGCCAUGUUCAGGAGAAAGGCUUUCCUCCAUUGGUUUACAGGAGAAGGGAUGGAUGAGAUGGAAUUUACAGAAGCAGAAAGCAACAUGAAUGACCUGGUUUCGGAGUACCAGCAGUACCAAGAAGCUACGGCAAAUGAUGGAGAGGAAACAUUUGAAGAUGAUGAGGAAGAGAUCAAUGAAUAAAGAAAUUCUGUCUUACACACACUAAUCGACAUCAAAAUUCUCAAAUAUGGAUUUUUAAAAUUAGUCUUGUAUAUCCACAUUUAAUCUCCAUCCUCCUUUCUUCAAAAAAUAGAGAGGGAAAAAAAAGUAGCUUGAUUCUCAAAGAUGAUGAGUUUCCUUCAGCUUCCGUUAUUUCCGUGGGAACUGAGGGAGAUCAGCAACUCUGAAAAUCAUGCCACUUUUAUAUAGGAGGCUAAUUUUAGGCAUCCAAUUUUAGAAUUUUGGCCUAAAAGUUUAAAUAUAGAGAUCACUAGAUUUGUUUAAAUAAAUCUAUGAAAGGUUGUACAAGAGGUAGAAUGGGGAUGGAAAGUCAUUUGAAAAUAGGGCUGUCCUGUUUUCAUCAAACUGUGAACAGCAAUAACAGCAAAAAUCUUGUGGGUCUUUGAAGUAUUAUUCUGUACUGAAUGUAUAGUACCUAUGUGCCAGGAGCAGAAUCUAUUCAUAAUAAAUCAAAAUUUAAUCAUA